AUCCAUACAGGUUUACAGCAUGAAAUAAUUUGGCCAUGUCAGCCCAGCUGUGUCCCACUGGAUGAAAAACUCCUGCCUGAACUACUUAAAGAAGCAGGAUACGUGACUCACAUGGUGGGGAAGUGGCAUUUGGGAAUGUAUAAGAAAGAAUGCCUUCCAACCCGCAGAGGGUUUGAUACUUACUUUGGGUAUCUUCUUGGGAGUGAAGAUUACUACUCUCAUGAGCGUUGUGUGCUCAUUGUAUCAAAGAAUGUAACACGAUGUGCUCUUGAUCUACGAGACGGAGAAGAAAUUGCAGAUGGAUUUAAAAAUAUGUACUCAGCUAAUCUUUUUACAGAAAGGGCUCUAGAUCUUAUAGCAAAUCAUCAAAUUGAGAAGCCUCUGUUUCUCUAUUUUGCUCUGCAAUCUGUCCAUGAUCCUCUUCAAGUGCCUGAGAAGUAUAUGGAACCAUACUCUUUUAUCAAAGAUGAAAAGAGGCGGAAAUUUGCGGGCAUGGUAUCUAUUAUGGAUGAAGCUGUAGGAAAUGUCACCGCAGCCCUGAAAAGAUAUGGACUUUGGGACAACACUGUUCUAAUUUUUUCCACUGAUAAUGGAGGCCAAACUUUGGCAGGUGGAAAUAACUGGCCACUAAGAGGAAGGAAAUGGAGUUUGUGGGAAGGUGGAGUGAGAGGUGUCGGAUUCGUUGCAAGUCCUUUACUGAAACAAAAGGGAGUGGAAAGCCAUGAUCUGGUCCACAUUUCUGAUUGGCUGCCAACUCUGGUGAAGCUCGCUGGAGGAAGUACAAAUGGCACAAAACCUUUGGAUGGCUUUGAUGUAUGGAAAACACUCAGUGAAGGAAAACUGUCGCCCAGGAAGGAACUGCUUCAUAACAUAGACCCGAUUUUCAUCGAUUCAUCUCCAUGUGUAGCCAACAGGAAAAGCACUUUGGCACUGAAUAAUUCCUUUUCAUGGGAAGAUUCAAUUUUUAAUACCUCCAUACAUGCUGCAAUUCGACAUGGAAAGUGGAAACUACUCACAGGCAAUCCAGGUUGUGGUCACUGGUUUCCACCACCAUCUUUAUUCAAUGAGUCAAAUACCCUGUCAUCUGACCCACCAAUGAAGAAACUUUGGCUGUAUGAUAUUGUUCAUGAUGCUGAGGAAAGAAAAGAUGUGUCUGAACAAUAUCCAGGAAUUGUGAAAAAGCUUCUGCUACGUCUCCAGCACUACUAUAAAAACUCUGUUCCUGUGUUUUACCCAGAUGAUGACCCUCGUUGUGAUCCAGAAGCAAGUGAAGCCUGGGGGCCUUGGAUGUAGGAGAAACUGUACUGUGGCCCAAGGACUAUAACUAUUUUGUAGUCAUGAAAUAUUAAAUCCAUGUGCAUAGAAUCAGGGCUGGCCCAAGAUCUAUUGCUGCCUGGAGCAAAGAACAAAAUGGCUUCCCUACCCAUUUACGAGACAAUUGGUCCUACACUGGCAAAACAGCAGCUUCCUCCACUACCUCUUGUAUUAUUUGGCUAGUUUAGGGGGCACAGGAAAUAUUCUGUGUCAUACAAUUGUAGCAUUGUGGACCUGGCUGUAUACCAAAGGACCACCUAGUCCAUCCCAUCUCAGGGCAGGAAAUCCACAGUUAGGGCAUGCCUGAGAGAUGGGCUAAGUUUAAAAAUGUACAGCAAAGGAGGGCCCACCACUUUGUGAAGCAGUCUGUUCCAUGGCUGUUAAACAGCUCUUGGUGUCAGGGUUUUCUUCCACAUAGCAGAAUCUUCUCUAAUAUGGAUCCACUUGACUUGGCCCAUGACUCUAUAUAACAGCAGAAAAUCUGCCCUAUGCUAUCUUCUAUGUAACAAUCCUCCAAAUAGUUGGAAAUGGCUGUCCUAUUACCUUUUAGUUGCCUUUUCUCCAAGCUAAACAUAUUCUACUCCCUCAACUAGAUCUCAUAACACUUGGUUUUUAAACCUUUUACUGUUUUUAUUACCCUUUUCCAGACAUGCACAGCAUACACAACUUUGCCUUCUCACACUUACCUUCUUGCCAGCAUCUGCUGUCUAAGGCAGCCUGUUCAGACUGGGUAGUGGUAUGGCUGACCCUCAUAUAAAACAGUGCUAAAAUGACCCCUGGAAGUCAAUCUGUAGGCUUAGGAACUCAGGGAGAUGCUUCUGCGCCCCUUUUGUUUUUUCCACUUCUAUGGCGACAAUAUCAGUCCUUUGGAUUCACCUCUUACUAAAAAGCAGUUGGAAGAUCCAGUGUCGCCUUUUAUUAUAUCUGAAGUUCUGUUAUAGUCAUCAAAUAAUGUUGUUGGGAUGUCAGUUUCUGUUCAUAACAUGUCUCCAAAGCAGGGGGUAAAAUGGUGCUGCCAUCCUAAAAUCACUGGCCAGCUGGGAAACAUUAUUUCCCUUGGAAAGCUCUGAGUCAGGGGGGUGGGAAGCAGGGCCUCCUACAUUCUUUCACAUCUGAAGUCAGAUGCUUGAUUGCAGACUUGCCAGCAGCCAGCUUUUAUUGGAGGCUGAUGUUGUAAAGAAAAAGAGAAAGAAGCCAGUUGCUGAAUUCUAUUGGCGUUUUCUGUUCUCACCUUUUCUGUCUCAUCGUCUCCUGAAGAAGCAUUCCAGGAUCUCCGUAGCCACUACUCACAACAGUCCAAAAUCACUUGGUUCUGUAGUGUAAUCUUGCACGUUUUGAACUCGGAAGUCUUUAGGACUUAACAUUUUUGGCCAGAACUUUGAAAAAAAAAUAAUUCAAUGGCCUGCAACUACAACCAGUGACUAUGCUGUCUGUUAGAGUUGAGGGCACUGCUUGGCGAUUUAAGCAGGAGGACUGUUUUAAUCUGUUGUGUUGUGUGCUACACUUAAAAAGAACAUAGGAUUGUAUAGACGAUAUCCGCCACAGUCCAGCAUAGAUUUAUCUGUGCACAAUACAAUGUAACAUAAUGGGAAUAUGUUGAACAUGCAUCUCAUUGAAUGCCAUGUAGUGAGUAGACCUCAUGCACAUUUUAUGCUGCAGUUUUAAACCCAGUAAAUGACCCAGUAAAUGACCCAGAACGAAAUAUUUGAGGCCUAACAUUAUAUAAAACAAUGGGAUUCAGGGAAUCCUUUUUUUUCUUUUUAAGCAGAGGUCUCUCAAUUGUCUCUUCUACAGAAAGGAAAAGUUUUCACUCCUCCAGCUAUACAUAUGUAUAUAUAGUUAUAUCCCAUAACUUUAGCAGAGGUUGCGUUUAACUGUGAGUCAAAAUGGAACCAUUCAGAUUGUUCAAGCAUUUGAACCUCCUUCCAGUACACAACAGUUGCAUGCCACAUCACAAUCUUUUUUAAUUGUUAUAUUUUAAAAAAACAGUAAAGCAGCAACAAUAUACAUUGUUAGUAGAAAGAAACUUCCAAUAAAUAAUUUUUAGAUUGAAACACCAGUGAAAAUGAAAAUGUCUUCCCCUGGUGCUGGAAAAAGCAUGGCAUUGGGAGGAAAACAACCUCUUCUUGGAUGGGGCAUUGGUCCCCCAGUGACAUGAUUCUCUCAAAGGUGCAGGCCAGGGCAAUCAUUCUUGCAAAUGAAACCCCCACUUACCUUCUGAUG